AUGUUCACCGGAUUUCACCGCUUGGUCCAUGCUGCGGAGGAGAGAUAUCGGCGCCGUGGCUAUGAGUGCGGUCUGGAUGCCAGAGAUUACCAAGAAGCUGCUGAGGAACGCUUCAUUGAAGAAGAUGAGGAUCCUUACUGGUGGCGUGGCGAUCCACAGCUGCUCUGUUUUGACUUGCCCUCCACGUCUGAAGAACACUUGACGCAUGGAGCACCAACGUCAUCCCAAUGGUGGGACGUCGAGAAGGUCGCAGAGUCUGGCAACUUCGUUGCCUUGACGAAACCCGCUGGGAUGUUUGUGGUCACCGAUGAACGGGGCCUCUGGGAAGAGUCCUCCACGAAUUUUAUCCACGUGGCGCAUAAAAGGGUGGAAAUGCCAACGCGCUUUGAACCGCGGCAGCGUGGGAUUUGUCAUCGCCUGGAUUCUCACACCAGUGGUGUGCAGAUUUUCGGAAAGUCGUGGGCGGCUUUUAAGCAUUUUGUGGGCCAAAACAGUUCUCACCGAGUGCACAAAGAAUACAUCGCCUUGAUCGAUGGCCGAUUGGGAGGUGAAGAUGGACCUUUCUCCGGGGUGAUUGAUGUGCCCAUGAAAAAGAUUCAGGACUUUGGACGCAGAGAGUUUGGCAGUGUGGCCUGUACCAAGGAGUUCACGGGGAUGCCGGCCGUCACACGGUAUACCGUCCUCAGGCAUUAUCGAGUACCUGCAACUGGCCGUUUAGCCUGUUGGGGUCAAGAUCGCUGGUUCACACUGGUGCAGCUGAGAAUUCUCACAGGACGCACGCAUCAAAUUCGUUUACAUAUGGCCUUCCUUGGCCACCCGUUGGUUGGGGACAUGAAGUACAAUCCUGAUCGCUUUGAGCACGAUUGCGCAUUGGUUCCUCGCAUUUUUCUACACUGCCUGAGAAUGGAGUUCCAGGACAUGGAUGGAGACAACUUUACCGCCGCCAGUGACUUGGCGCCCGAUUUGCAGAUGGUCCUCUGUGAGCUGCAUCGAUUAUCGGGCUCUGAGGAGGAUUUCAAGGGAGAGCUGUUCCCAGGCCUGGCAAAGAUCCUGCAGAAAAGCAAAGCGCCGGUGGAAAAACUCACCGCGCAAGAGGAGGUGAAAACUCUGCGCUUUUGCAAGCUUUGCAAGGAACAGGAGGUGGCUCAGCGUCGGCAAGUCCAAGAUCAACGCGCCGAAGAGCGGCGCGCCAUGUAUUGGUGCAUGAUGCCGGCAGAGGGUGUGAACCUCGAUGAAAUCUCAAAGGAGCCACAGAAUUGGGGACCGGAAAUGCUUUGGGUCCCGACUGAACUCCAAUAA